CUUGCACGGAGUGGCAUACAGCACGUAUCGCAUCCAUCGGUUUUGUCAGGCAAAUAUCUCAAAGGGUUCGAACCUCUCGCUGACAUUUAGUGUUCUGCUUUGCCAGGGAAGUUGUCUGCACACUCGCCGGUCAUCCGCAGGCGUUAUGGAUAAGAAGAAAAUUGUGCAUCAACUUGAUACGCCAUAUUCUACGGCGAAAUGGCCAGAAAUCGCGCUCGACGAUCAAGACACCGUCUUGGAACUCCUUUGCACUCUGCUGUCACCAAUUGGAGAACACAGGGCACAGCACGUUCAGCGCUCAAAAGGCAAGAGGGAUACAAAGCGGAAACGCACAGAGAAGAGUCCCGGAACGAUCAAGGCCCCCUCGCCUCCACCUGCGCCAGAGCUGUUGUCUCAUAUAGAUGUCGGACUGGUAGCUGUGACCCGGCGAUUGCAGAACCUCAGCAAGGACACGAGGGCAGAUCCUCCCAAGAUCCAACUCCUAGCAACUGGAGAGGAUAAAGCUGUCCAACGGCCUUGUGCGGCAGUAUUUGUCGCCCGCGCAUCCCAGCCUAGCAUCCUUAACAGCCAUCUACCACAGCUGAUUGCCGUUGCCUCCCAAGCACUUCCGGACGAAGAGCCAAUUCGCCUGUUUGGUAUCUCCAAGUCGUGCGAAGCACGGCUUUCGGACGCUCUGGGUAUCCCGCGCGUGUCGUGCAUUGCGAUGGACGCCGACGCCCCUGGUGCGAAGACCAUUCUGUCGUUUGUUCGUGAACGUGUUCCGCCCGUUACGCUUGAGUGGCUCGCGGUGGCUCGGAGCGGCGAAUAUCAGACCACAAACAUCAAACACGUCGCGACGACGAUCGGAGCACGGAAGCAAGUAGCGAAAACGUAAAUGAUCCUUGCCCAUGGCAGAAGCAGAAACCAGAAAAUGCGCAAUUUGGUGGUCAUGGACAUAUAACCGGUGGUCGAGCGAGCGU